GAUGAUUUAUCUUAUUCUACGGCGACACCACUAGGGUUCUUCCCUUGUCAUAAUCUGAUCGAACAUGAACCUCUGGAUCAUUGGAUUCUGUUCAAUAUAUUUUGCAUGUUCUGUAAGAUCUCAAUUCACGUCGGUUCCUGUAAGCUAUGAUGCUCAGAACGAUCAUAACGAGUUCUCAUGGAAUGCAUUCAAGAAGGUAUUCACCGAUUACAAGGAAAACUUCGUCAUGUCGCCGUAUUCGCUUCGUCGGCUGUUUUCGUGCUUCCAAGGUGUGAAACUCCUUACCUCUGCAUCCGGUACAAACCUCCAGCAGGAGCUGAGCAAUGUGUUGAAAAUUGUGCCCAACCAGCAGCCAUCCGGACAAGAUCAUCGGCCUUACGUUGAACAGUGGGUGCGGUACUCCAGUGCCAAGUACCUCAACAGGACGGCAAUGGCAGUGGCCAUCGGAAGCGAGAAAGUCUCAACUGUAUAUGAAAGCAUUAUUAACAACUGUGUGAUCUACACCGGACAUCUUCAGCCAUCCAAUGCCCAACGUAUGGGACAAGUGAUCAAUGAUGCACUGAAGAACAUCACCAAUAACGCGGUGCAGAGCUACUUGACCGAUACGGACAUCAAUCCGAACUGGAAGUUCUUCGCGAUCGACUCGUGGCAGUUCGAAGGAUUGUGGAAGUUUAAGUUUCAGGAAGAGUUUUCAGCAACCUGCUAUUUCUACGCAAGUAGGGAGAAGAAAGGACUCACCAAGUUCCUGUACUUGGAGGAAAUGUUGAAGUAUGGAAACUUCCCGGAAUGGAACGUCCAAGCUGUCGACCUUCCGUAUCAUGAUCAAAGUCCGCUGUCUUGCCUUCUUGUGAUGCCUUUAGAUGGAAAUUAUGAAUCUCUGAUCAACUCCAUGAACCAGUCCCGUUUUAAAGAUGUGCUGUCCAAGUUGAAAGAAACCAAAACUACAGUUCGUAUACCUCAGUUCGGAUUGCAGACUACGGUUCCCGGAAGACAACUACUCGAAUCUAUGGGAAUGAAGGUACCGUUCAACCAGGGUGUGUUCAAAGUGUUUGAACAGGGCCAGGAUGUUGCACUGGGAGAAAUAGUUCAGAAGAUGGAAAUGAGUAUGGCAGCCGAUGGAGAAAAACAGGCUCAAUCGUUUGCGGACAAACGACAGGACAAGCAAUUUACGGCUCAUCAACCGUUUCUGUUUGUGGUAUACGAUCAGAAUGAGCUGGUACCGAUUUUGGUCGGACUCUACCUGAAGACGCCACCGGAAGCGGCAAUGGGACUGGAAGAUAAGCAGAAGUGCGAUGAUCCACCGGUUGGUUAUCAGUAGAGCACUCCAUUUUGGUUUGGUUGAGAUAUAGUAGUCCAAUCAUUUUAGUAUAUAUUAAUAGUUCCGCAUUUUACAUUAUAGGUAUAUUCAGAGAGUACCAAACUCCUCUUGAAUAUCCUUAAUUUAUUUGAAUGUUUCUUAAGAUUGUAGACAUUUAAAAAUACUUUUCCCAAAAAUAUUCUAAACAUUUACUUCAUGUUUACGUAUAUUUUCAAAGAUGAUGAAGAUAUAUUGAAUUUAUAUUACUAUUAC